AUGAGCAGCAAUUUCCUUACCGUCCGGCAGCCCACCAGCAAGGUCGCCUUUGUAGCUGGCGCCAACGGUAUCAGCGGCGGUGCGAUAAUUGAGCAUCUGAUCAAGUUGCCUUGCAGUGAAUGGUCCGAGAUAAUCGUCACCUCACGGAAACUCCUCAAGUCAAACCACUCUGAUUCUAGGGUUCGGUUUAUUGCAUUGGACUUCCUGGAGCCAGUAAAGGAUAUUGUUGAGAAGAUGAGGGAACAUUGCACAGAUGUGACACAUGCCUUUUUCACUUCCUACAUUCACGACAAUGACUUCUCAAAGCUCCAUGAGAAGAACUGCCCCUUGUUUCGAAACUUCCUCGAGUCCAUUGAUCUGGCCUGCCUGAAAUUGAAGCGCGUGGUUCUGCAAACAGGAGGGAAGCAUUAUGGGUUCCAGUUCCGGGACAUCACGACCCCGCUAAUGGAACAAUUGCCUCGCUAUGAAGGUCCUCACAAUAUAUUCUACUACGAGCAAGAGGAUGAUCUGUUCGCCAUCCAAAAACGCCAUCAAACAUGGCAAUACAAUAUCAUUCGUCCAUGGGCUAUCAUCGGUUACAGCUGUCAGUACCUUGGAAUCAACGAAACACUCACAAUCGCCCAAUACUUCCUUAUCUGUCGCGAACUUGGUGAAACUCCAAAGUGGCCUGGCGAUCUAAGCAGCUUCCAUCGAGUCGAGAACCAGUCCUACGCGCCCAGUAUAGCCGAUCUGACUCUCUGGGCAGCCACGCAAGACCAUUGCAAAAAUGAAACCUUCAACCACGUCAACGGCGAUGUGAUAGUCUGGAAAUAUCUCUGGCACCUACUAGCAGAAUACUUCAAGGUGCCGAUGGACCAGUUUGAACCCCCGAAUGAAAGCACCGUCCCCAUGGACAUGUCCGAGUGGGCAAAGGACAAGCAACCGGUUUGGGAGACAAUCGUGGCCAAAUAUGGCGGCGACCCAAAGGCGUUUCAGCCAGACGCAUUUGCGCUGAUGAAUUGGUAUAUCACACCCACGGAGCAGAAGGCGCCUUUUAUUGCCAGUAUUUCCAAGGCUCGUGCAUUUGGAUGGAGUCGGUACGAUGAUACAUAUCGGGCUUGGUUGAACAGUUUCCGGUCGUAUGAGAAUGCUGGUGUGUUACCUGUUCCAUGA